CUAUAGUAUUCUGUGAAUGUCAAUUUCGAAUCAAGAUUUGUGAAGAUUGUUUUCAUUAUUAUAAUUCUUUAACAUAUUUUUCUCUUUCUUUACUCAGUAAAAGUUUUUAUAAUGACUGCACAUACUUCAGAGAAAAAAGAUGAUGAAAAUACACAAGAGAGUGAAGAAGCAGAAAAGGCGGAAUUAGAGCAAUAUAUAAAAGAAUUUCAAGAAAGACUCACUGCAAAGCAAGAACUACGUGCUACAAAUCAAAAUGCACAAAAUAUCCGACCCCCUGAGUCCUCUUUCAGUAAACUGGAUUCAAAUGUAAAAAGAAACACUUCCUUCGUUAAAAAAAUUAAAAACUUUACUGCCAACCAACUGGAAACUUAUAUCAAAGAUAUGUCUGGUUUGAAUUUAUCAAAAUAUAUAUCUGAGGUAGCUGCUGGAUUAGUAGAUGCCAAACUGAAAAUGACCGAUGUUUAUGCAGUUGUAAAGUUGUCUAGUUUAUUGAAUCAAACUUAUGGGGAUUUUUCCCAGCUGUUAUUUGAAAAUUGGCAGAAAAAUUUGUCUAUUAAACCAGGAGAUAAAAUUGCAAAUCCAAGUAAAUUGAGAGUUGAUCUUAGGCUUUACGCAGAUUUGGUGCAAGCCGGAAUUUUUAAUAACAAAAAUUCUUUUACAUUAUUGGGUAAUGUUUUAACAACUUUAAUAAGUAUGGAUAAAGAAGAACAUAGCAACAUGUCAAUUAUUCUUAGUUUUUGUAAACAUUGUGGGGAAGACUAUGCAGGUUUGGUACCAAAAAGAAUGAAAAUGUUGGAAGAAAAAUACAAAAUGCCCAUUCCUCGCAGUACUUUUUUGCCUCCAGAAAAACAGCAAAAUGUGAAGUCCUUACUCAGAGAUUAUUUUAUGAGUCUGAGUAAACAUGUAGUGAAGGAUCAUCAAGAAAUAUUGAAUUUUGAGAAACAAAACAUAAGAAUAUUACAAACCAAGGGAGAAUUAAGUGUAGAAAGAAAAGAAAAAUUACAAAAUAUGCAAGUUGCUUUUGAAAAACUGCAUAAUUCUGCCAAGAGCUUUGCUGAGAUCUUGGACGAGAACAUGCCAUUACUCAAAGCUCAGACACCUGUUCAAAACCAAGAGAAUAUGAUUGUGACAGGAGCCGGUCCAGACAUUGAGGAAGGCUCGCAAUCUUUCAUCGAAAAAAUUUGGGUUGAUUCAGAAACACAAAAAUUCUACUGUCAACUACCUGAACUACAGGCAUUUCUGCCGUCUUCAUUUAUCAACAAGACAACCGCGGUUGCUCCUCCAGAUGUUGUUACAGAAGAAGUACUGGAUUCUGAGCUACCAACAGAAACUGAUGAAAUAUGCGAAGAAGAAGGUAAAAUUGAAGAUACAACACUUGCCCCUGAGGAAGAUGUUGAAGAAACAACUGUUAGCACGGCUAGUAACAAGAUCGUUCUCGAGGCAUUCUUGAAUAAUCUACACAAUUGUGUCAACAGAGAGAUGAUAGACAAUGCAGCCAUCGAUUUCUUGGUGACUUUGAACACUAAACACAACCGCAAGAAGUUGGUACGUGCCCUGUUCGUCGUGAACAGGACACGAUUGGAUCUUUUACCCUUCUAUGCGAGAUUUGUAGCUAUCCUUCACCCCGCUGUUCCCGAAGUAGGAAACGAACUGUGUCAGAUGCUUCGUCAUGAUUUCAAGUACCAUGUCCGAAAGAAGGAUCAGAUCAACAUCGAGUCCAAAAUUAAGGUGGUGCGAUUCAUCGGUGAGCUGGUAAAAUUCCAGCUUUAUCCCAAGAUCGAGGGCCUGUACUGUCUGAAAAUACUCCUGCACGAUUUCUCUCAUCAUCACAUCGAAAUGGCAUGCAACUUCCUGGAGGUCUGCGGUAGAUUCCUCUACUGCAGCCCCGACUCUCACCAACGUACGAAAGUCUACUUGGAACAGAUGAUGAGGAAGAAAUCGGUGUUGACUUUAGAUUCCCGCUACGUGACGCAGAUCGAAAACGCCUAUUAUUACGUGAAUCCCCCGGAGGUUGUUACUGUAGCGAAGAAAGAGAGGCCCGUUCUGCACCAAUUCAUUCGGAAACUGCUGUAUCAAGACCUGCAGAAGAACAAUAUCGAUAAGGUCAUGAGGCUGAUGAGGAGGUUGAAUUGGAGCGAUGAGGCCAUCGCUGCCUAUGCCGUAAAGUGUCUAACGAACGCUUAUAACGUCAAAUAUUACAACAUCAGAUGCUUGGCCAACCUUCUGGCAGGUCUGGUGUCGUAUCAAGAAGAAAUCGGUACCAAAGUAGUAGACGGAGUAUUAGAAGAUAUCAGGUUAGGUAUGGAAAAAAAUUUGCAAAAAUAUAAUCAACGACGAGUGGCACAAGUCAAGUAUUUGGGAGAAUUGUAUAAUUACAGAAUGGUAGAGAGUGCUGAUGUGUUUAAGGUUUUUUACUCCUUGAUAACUUUUGGAGUUUCGCUGGAUCCUUUAGUGACAUCCCCUCUGGAUCCUCCGAAUCAUUUGUUCCGUAUUCGUUUAGUGUGUAUACUACUUGAAACUUGUGGAACUUAUUUCAGUAGCGGAAGCAGUAAGAAAAGACUGGACUAUUACCUUACAUUCCUACAAGGUUACUAUUGGUUCAAGAAGACCCACUGGGGGGAUUCUUUUCCACCCUUCCUAGACCACAUUUUCAAGGAAACCAUUCUAACCCUAAGGCCCAAGUUGAAGCUAUGCCGAAGCUACGAAGACGCUCAGAAGGAAGUGGAGAACAUAAGGGUGUCUUUGGGCAUCGAAAACAUGCUUGCUUCCGAAGCAAAGACCAACGGUGAUUUAUUGGACACCAUAGCGGAAACCGAUAACGAGGAAUUUGGCGAUGAGGAAAUCUCAGAGUCUGCUCCGGGACGUUCCACUGAUGAGACUGCAACGGAAGAUGAGGUUGUGGACCACACACAGGGUUCCGAUGACGAAGGUGAUAUACAGAGUGAAGCGGAUCCUGUGUCCGAGUCGCUUGCAAUACCUGCAGCUCCCAAAAAAGUGGAAUGCCCAGAGGAUGAUGAAUUCCAGAACGCCUUGGACAAGAUGGUUUCCGAGAACAUUCAAGAAAGAAUGAGAGAACCUGUCAAGGCUAGUAAUAUAGAUAUCUCAGUUCCGGUUGUUAUGAAAACGAAUAUGAAGAAGAGUUACGACCAAUUACAGGAACAUGGAGAAGGCGACAACAAUAAAAUAGGCUUUGUUUUGAUGGUUCGCAAAGGCAACAAGCAACAAUACAAAGCUUUCCAAGCGGAUAAAAAUUCCGAACUGGCCCAAAAUUUGAGAGAUCAGGAAAUAGCGCAAAAAGAGGAGAAAGAGAGGGUGAAGCGUCUGACUUUGAAUAUAACGGAGCGUUUAGAGGAAGAAGAUUAUCAGGAAUUAGUACAACAACAAAAUAGACCUGUUACGCAGAAUUACAACAGGGAAAGAAAAAAGUAUCAGCAUCCCAAAGGAGCUCCAGAUGCCGAUUUGAUAUUUGGGCCGAAAAAAGUUAGGUAAUAAAAGUAAUCUACGUGAAGGAGGAAAAAAAGGUGUGCGAAUUCGAACAUGACAUAACGAAGAAGCCGAGGCAAAGAAAUUUGUAGUCAAGAGUUCCAAGAUAACUUUGAGUUUGUUAUGAAGCCUGUCAUAAAAAGAUGUUGAGGUCAAAAAAAAAAAAUAAUUGAUGUAAUUAACAUGAUUAUUUUGAGUUAAACUUUAUAGAAAUGAUGUGAAGUUGAGUUAUAUUGAAGAAGUAUCGCCAAUAGAAACUCUUUUCAGUAAAAUCAA